GGGGCGCUCGCGCAGCCGGGAGAGGCGAGUGCGAGGCAGCGAGAGCGCAAUUUGGCUCCAAACUCCAGCGCCGCCGCGGACCCGGAUCCCGGCGCUGGCGGUGCCGCUCGCAGCCGCGGAGCCGGGAGCCGGCAGCUGCGCGCCCGGAGGACGCCCGGAGCCCGGAGCCCGGAGCCCGGAGCCCGAGGAUCGCGGCGCCCGGCGGAGCCCGAGCCAGUCCAGCCCGGCGCCCGGGCAGCCGGGCCGCGGCGGCAUGGGGGCGCCCCCGCGGCGCCCCGCGCUGUCCCCCGCCGUCUCGGCCGGCGGCCCGAGGCAGGAGCGCGCCUGAGCCCAUGGCGAGGGGACCUGCCUCCGCCUUCGUCGCCGCCGCCGCCCCGCCAGCGCCGCCCGCCCCCGGGCACCAUGCGAGCCGCCCCGAGCCUCCGCGGCUGCGGCUGCCUGCUGCUCGCCGCGACCCUCCACCUGGCGCGCGGCUACCUGACUGUCAACAUUGAGCCUCUCCCACCCGUGGUGGCUGGGGAUGCCGUGACCUUGAAGUGCAACUUCAAGACAGAUGGCCGCAUGCGUGAAAUCGUGUGGUACCGGGUAAUGGAUGGCGGCACCAUCAAGCAGAAGAUCUUUACCUUUGACGCCAUGUUCUCCACCAACUACUCGCACAUGGAAAACUACCGCAAGAGGGAGGACCUGGUGUACCAGUCCACCGUGAGGCUCCCCGAGGUCCGCGUCUCAGACAACGGUCCCUACGAGUGCCACGUGGGCAUCUACGACCGCGCCACGAGGGAGAAGGUGGUCCUUGCAUCAGGCAACAUCUUCCUCAACGUCAUGGCUCCUCCUACCUCCAUCGAAGUGGUGGCUGCAGACACGCCAGCCCCCUUCAACCGCUACCAGGCCCAGAACUUCACGCUGGUCUGCAUCGUGUCCGGAGGGAAGCCGGCGCCCAUGGUUUAUUUCAAAAGAGAUGGGGAACCGAUUGAAGCAGUGACGCUGGCAGAGCCACCGGCAGCCAGCUCCGGGCCCCUCCGGAACAGCAGGCCCUUCCGCAGCCUCCUGCACCGAGACCUGGACGACACCAAGGUGCAGAGGUCGCUGUCCCUGCUGGACACUGAGAACCGGGGCGGGCGUCCCUUCACGGAGCGCCCCUCCCUCGGCCUGACCCCGGACCCCAGCGUCCUCCUCCAGCCGACCACCGAGAACGUCCCGGAGACGGUGGUGAGCCGAGAGUUCCCCCGCUGGGUCCACAGCUCCGAGCCCGUCUACUUCCUGCGCCACAGCCACAGCCCGGGCAGCGACGGCACCGUGGAGGUGCGUGCCCUGCUCACCUGGACGCUCAACCCGCAGAUCGACAACGAAGCCCUCUUCAGCUGUGAGGUCAAGCACCCCGCGCUGUCCAUGCCCAUGCAGGCAGAGGUCACGCUGGUUGCCCCUAAAGGACCCAAAAUCGUGAUGACGCCCAGCAGAGCCCGGGUCGGGGACACAGUGAGGAUUCUGGUCCACGGAUUCCAGAACGAGGUCUUCCCGGAGCCCCUGUUCACAUGGACGCGGGUCGGGAGCCGCCUCCUGGACGGCAGCACUGAGUUCGACGGGAGGGAGCUGGUGCUGGAGCGGGUUCCCGCUGAGCUCAAUGGCUCCAUGUACCGCUGCACAGCCCAGAACCCACUGGGCUCCACCGACACGCACACCCGGCUCAUCGUGUUCGAAAACCCAAAUAUCCCAAGAGGAGCGGAGGGCUCCAAUGGUUCCGCCUCUGGCCCUGCUGGUGUCCGGCUCAUCCUGGUGCUCGCCCUGACAGUGCUCCUGGAGCUGACGUGAAGGCCCAGCCACUCCGCCCGGCACUGACACCUCUGCGAUCGCUUUUCAUUUCUUUUCUAAACUAUUUCCAGUCUUGUUCUUAGUCUCUUUCUGUCUGUGUCUUGGCUUCUUCGGUCGGUUUAAUUAAAACAAACAGAACGGUUUUCCCCA